AUGCCUGAAGAAAAACUUCGUACUCUUUCUUACAAUGAGGAACGUCCGCGUGGUGCAUGCAUCGGUGACUUUGUUCUUUUGAAAAAUGUGUUGUCGGAAAAGAACAAGCCGAUUUGGGUUCCCUUACAAUUAUUGGAUGCUUUAUUACGAGGCUACGGGCAAGUCGUGUUUGCUAAUAAUCCACUAAGUGGAUUAUUAAUAGUAAUCGCUUUAGGAGCAACGGCACCAAAGAUCUUGGCCUUUUCUACUGCUACUGGUUUUCUAGGUCUUUUACUUUCCAUGCUGAUGAAAGAUUCUCAACAAGUUAUAGAAAAUGGAUUGACGGUGUUCAAUCCACUUUUAGUCGGUGCACUGUCAGCCGGUUUGGUACCAAAUUUAUAUGGCGAAUUCGAUGCUUUUAGUUAUUUGCUUAUACUCAUAGGAACAAUAACGAGUGUUUAUCUGACUCGUUCUUUGGGAAACAAUGAAAUUCCGAGUAUAACGUGGCCUUUUAAUCUGGUCGAAUUAGUAUUACUUUUUAUUCUAACAAUGCAAGAUAACUUAGUCGAUUCGUUAAACAUUCAAGCAAUGAUGUUGCUGCUAGCUACUUGUACUUUAUAUUCUCGUUGUUUCGAGGACAAUGCAACAAGUGAUGGAAGGACAGACGAUGCCAGUUUUAUCACAGCAAAUGUAACAGAUGUUAACGUCGACUGGGGAAUGAUCUUCCGGGGUAUGGUCGUCUCGUCAUCCCAAGUAUUCGGCGUUGACAAUAUUGCAGCAGGAGCUACUAUUUAUUUGGCAGUUUUAGUUUAUUCUCCAACUACUGCUGGAUUUUCUUUCGCAGGUGUAUUUAUUGGCACACUAACAGGCUUAGAAUUUAGGGUACCACACAAUGAGGUAUUCUCAGGAUUGUGGGGAUUCAACAGUUUCUUGACUGGCGCCGCCUUAGGGGGUAAUUUAUUCGUACUUAAUGUACAAACUGCUGUUGCAACCCUCGUAGCCAUCGUUUACACUGUAAUACUUCAAUACGUCCUACGAAUUCUAUUAGGAAAGAUCGGUUUACCAAUUUUAACGUUACCCUUCGCAAUAAGCACGAGUUUGUUCGUAAAAUUGCGUAGCGCGUCGUCGGAUUCAAUAUUUCCUAAACCACUGCAGUAUUCUUAUCCCGAAAAACAACGUCAAGAUUAUAUUACAUAUAGAAAGAACAUCAAACAAGAUAGCGUCGAGGAUUCCGAGAUGGACCCUGCGCUUCCUUAGAAUCAGCAGAUCAAAUAAACUGCUUCUUGGAAUUUAAUAAAAUAUGUUAUGUUA